AUGACGCUUUUCAUUCUCACCGAAACCAGCGCAGGUUAUGCCCUGCUAAAAGCCAAGGACAAGAAACUUCUCAAGCGUGAUGAUAUCGCUACUGAAGCCGCCACUCCUGAGGGCAUCUCCAAUUUGUUGAAAUUGAAGAACUUCCAGAAAUUCGACAGCGCCUCCACAGCACUUGAGGAAGUGUCUGCUAUUAUCGAAGGGAAAGUUACCCCUCUUCUCGCUGGUCUCCUCGACGAAAUCAAAGAUGAGAAGAAAGUGUCUCUUGCUGUCGCCGAUCCCAAGCUCGGAAAUGCCAUUGGCAAACUUCCCGGCCUUGAUAUCCAGCCCAUUGCCGACUCCUCUACUGCUGACAUAUACCGUGCAAUUCGCGAACAUAUUCCCACUUUAAUUCCUGGCCUUGUCCCUGCAGAUAUGUCCGCCAUGGCUCUUGGUCUAUCGCAUUCCUUGGCUCGUCACAAGCUCAAGUUCUCUCCCGAUAAGAUCGACACUAUGAUUGUUCAGGCUAUUGCACUUCUAGAUGACCUGGACAAGGAAUUAAACACAUACGCCAUGCGCGUGAAAGAAUGGUAUGGCUGGCAUUUCCCUGAAAUGGCCAAAAUCAUCAACGACAAUAUCGCCUACGCUCGUGUGGUUUUGAAGAUGGGCAUGCGGACAGAUUCUGAAAACACCGACCUUACCGACAUUCUUCCAGAGGAAAUCGAAGGCGCCGUAAAGAAUGCCGCUGACCGAUCGAUGGGUACAGAGAUCAGCGCCGAAGAUCUGGAAAACAUUCAAGCUUUGGCUGAGCAAGUUGUUGGAUUUUCUGAAUACCGCCAACAACUCGCAAGCUACUUGACGGCCCGUAUGACUGCCAUCGCCCCCAACCUUACAGCGCUCGUCGGUGAGCUCGUCGGUGCUAGAUUGAUUGCCCACGCGGGUAGUCUGAUGAGUCUUUCUAAGAGUCCCGCUUCUACUCUUCAAAUUCUGGGUGCCGAAAAGGCCCUUUUCAGAGCUCUGAAGACAAAACAUGACACCCCUAAGUACGGUCUCAUCUACCAUGCGUCCUUGAUUGGACAGGCCACUGGCAAGAACAAGGGUAAAAUGGCCAGAAUUCUAGCUGCCAAGGCCUCUCUUGGUCUCCGUGUUGAUGCACUCUCCGAAUGGGAUGACGAUGUCACUGAAGAAGACAAGGCAGCUCUGGGUACUGAAGCUAGAUAUAACCUUGAGCGCAAAUUGGCUGCCAUGGAAGGAAAGCCCUUGAAACCCAGAGGUGUUAACAUUGCACCCAAUGGCAUCUCAACUCAGCCCAAGAAGUUUGAGAUCAACGAAGCUCGAAAAUACAAUGCCGAUGCUGACGGCUUAACGGGGAAUGAGGAGCCUGCUGCUACUAAGAAGUCCAAGAAGGAGAAAAAGCUAGUCGAAGAGGCCGAAUCUGAGAAUGAGUCUGAUGAGGACGAGGAAAUGGAAGAUGCCGAAGAUUCGGACGAAGAAGAAGAGCCAAAACCCAAGAAAGAAAAGAAGGACAAGAAGAGUGAUUUGGAGAAGCUGGCCGCUAAGGCUGGUCUCAGCGUGAAGAGAUAUCAACGAAAGCUUGAACGUGGCGAGAUCUCUUUUGAUGCUGCCGGUAACCCUACCGCCAUCAGCAAGAAGGAUUUGAAGAAGGCCAAGAAAGAGGCCAAGAAGGCCGCCAAGGAAGAUGGCAAGAAGCGCAAGAGAGAUCAAGAAGAUGGCGAUGACAAGGCCGAGAAGAAGAAAAAGAAGAAGAGCAAGGAAUAG